GAAAAGACGGAGGGACAGCGCUGGUGCUUGUCGCAGGAAGCACGCUAACCAAAUUCCCCACAGAAUUGCUCCAACGAGCAUUUAUUUAGUCAGCUGUUAUACGAACUCCUGGGCAGUUGGGGGGGAUGUGGAAUUUCAAUCUGUGACCCAGGGCCAUACUGACCAAUGAGGGGAAAGUUUUACCUGCUGCUAGACCCAUCGGCACCACUGAGAUGACUCCAGGAGAAGUAAAAUGUGGGUGACAGUGUGAGCCAGGGGGUUUCAACGUUCAGGGCAAAGUAUUCUUCCACUGAGACAAAAAAGAAACCUGUUGUAGUUUACACACAAAACACACAAUCACUCCCAAUCAGCUGUCACAAUGCCGAUGCCAGGACCACUGUGGGCCUGUCUGGCUCUGAUAUGGGUGGAAAGCUGCAGUGCACACAGCCUGUUUACCUGCGAGCCCAUCAAAGUGCAUCGGUGCUUGGGGAUGCCCUACAACAUGACCUUCUUUCCCAACAUUAUGGAGCACUACGACCAAGAUAUCGCAGCCAGUAAUAUGGAGCCAUUCAUGCCCCUGGCAAACCUGCGCUGCUCUCCAGACGUCCACCAGUUCCUGUGCCAAGCCUUUAUCCCAGCAUGCACCGAGGAGAACACAGUGAUCCGUCCUUGCAAAGAGCAGUGCGAGGCCGUUCUGUCCGACUGCGAGGAGAAUAUCCGAAUCUUUGGUGUCACCUGGCCUGCUGAGCUGCACUGUGACAAAUUGGACCCAUGUAGCUCUCCUGAUGGUUCGGCACUUCCUGCAACCACCCCAAUGAGCUCCUCAUCAGCUAAGAGGGACCUUGGCUUCUGGUGCCCACUGCAGCUGAAGACCAAACCGGGCCACGGCUCAUCGUUCCUCGGCGCCCAGGACUGUGCUCCGCCUUGCUCCAACAUGUACUUCAAACCCCACGACAUUGAAUUUGCCAAAAACUUCAUCGGCGUGUGCUCCAUCAUCUGCUUGGGUGCCACGCUCUUCACCUUCCUUACUUUCCUCAUCGACGUCAAGCGUUUCCGCUACCCGGAGCGCCCUAUAAUCUUCUACGCCGUCUGCUACAGCUUUGUGUCGCUCAUAUACUUCAUCGGUUUCCUGCUGGGGAACAAUGCAGCCUGUACCAAAGCGGCUCAUCCUGCCGGCGUGGAUACAGUGGUGCUGGGCUCUCAGAGCAAAGGCUGCACUCUGCUUUUCAUGCUGCUCUACUUCUUCUCUAUUGCCGGUAUCGUCUGGUGGGUCAUACUCACCAUCACCUGGUUCCUGGCUGCUGGACCCAAGUGGAGCUGUGAGGCCAUAGAAAAGAAAGCGGUGUGGUUCCACUCUGCUGCCUGGGGGAUCCCUGGGGCACUAACUGUCAUGCUGCUGGCUCUGAACAAGGUUGAAGGGGACAGCAUCAGCGGAGUCUGCUUUGUGGGGCUCUACGACCUGGACGCCCUUCGCUACUUUGUUCUGGCUCCUCUGUGCGUGGGCGUCAUAGUCGGCCUCUUCCUCAUCCUGGCGGGCAUUGUUUCUCUCAACCACGUCCGGCAGGUCAUCCAGCACGACGAGCGCAACCAGGAGAAGCUGAAGAAGUUCAUGAUCCGCAUUGGCGUUUUCAGCUGCCUCUACCUGGUCCCGCUGGUCACCCUGUUAGCCUGCUACACCUACGAACAGAGUCACCGCAGCACCUGGGAGAACACCUGGAUCAACGACCGCUGUCAAGAGUACAGCAUCCCCUGCUCCUACAAGACAACAGAGCACGACCGCCCUGACCUCUCCCUGUUUCUGGUGAAAUACCUAAUGACGCUGGUGGUCGGAAUAUCUGCAGUGUUCUGGGUCGGCAGUAAAAAAACCUGCUCUCAGUGGGCCUACUUCUUCAACAGGACCCGCAAGAGAGAUCCCAUCACUGAGAGCCGGCGCGUGCUCCAGGAGUCCUGCGAGUUCUUCCUCAAGCACAACAGCCGGGUCCAGCACAAGAAGAAGCACUACAAGCCGAGCUCCCACAAGCUCAAAGUCAUCUCCAAGUCCAUGGGCACGAGCACGGGCGCUGCACCCACCAACGCCUCCACCAAUCAAGGAACCUCUGCACUGGGCAAUCACGAGCACCGUGCUCAUGGUUCUCUGUCUGAGGCCUCAGCCAGGGAGCCCCUGGACAGGGCCACCCCUAGCCGAAGCUCCCGGAGGGGGGAGAGGGAGAGAGAGAGGGAGAGGGAGAGAGAAGGGGGAGAGAGACGUAGCAAAGGGGGGAGCUCCUGUAAAAUCAGCAGCCACUCAGAGAGCAUGCACAGAGUCCCAGAUGGGAGGAUGACUCCGAGGAGCGAGCUCUCAGAGGCCAAGCACGUCCCCGGUGGACAGCAGCAUCCGGCUUUAAACCGAUCACACGGCAGCAUCCAGGACUCCACCCACCAGCUGGCGCGCCAGGUGCCUGAGGAGAGCAAGGACACAAAGGACAGCAGCUGCUGAGAAAUCUGACCCUCACAAAUAUAUUUGUGCGUCCAUCCAUCCAUCCUGUUUCAUGUAUCUGUUUCAAACCAUAGCACCUAUUUGUAUCAUUCAUCAUAGAAGCUUUUUACAUCAGAUUAUGAUUGUUUUGGUUACAUUGUAUUCUGUGAAUGUUUAAUGCCAGCAAAAUGUAACAUACCUCGAGUAUUUCGAACGUGGUAUGUUUAGACCAGAAUCUGGGUUUUGGCAGAGUUUAAAGGGGUUAGGGUUAUUUAGUGCGGGUGACCACUGUCUUUCAGCUUUACUGAGCUUUUGGCCAUAUACUACAUACCUGAAUGUUGCAGCAGCACAGCUGUGAUCCACCUAUACAACGACCAAUGGUCUUUUAAUUUUAUAGCAUGCAUUAAAAAUGUUAGGUCUACUGUUUGUAGAUAUGUAGCUCAAUGGCAUAGAAUGCAUACUUUAAAACAAAUGCAAUAUUUAUGUACAUAUUGUAUUUUUGAGAAAUGAAGUCUUUCACUGGACUAGUCGCUACACUGAGAGUUAUGUUAAGAAAGGUAUUGUCAUGAUAUUGCCUGACGUUCAACCUAAAGAAAGUCUUCAUGUGGUCAACUGUUUUUUGAAUGUCUUAAUGUUCUUCCUAGAAAGAUGAUUUGUGUUGAACACAGUUUACUACUUUAUUGCUCUUUUGAAAAAAGGCAUACUCUUAAAGGUUCAGUAGGUAACUUUAAUAAAAAAUAACUUUUUGGUCAUA